AUGCAGGCACUCUGGUCCAGAGCGGGCCAGGCGCCUCAUUGCGGUUGCAAGGCCUGCUUCAAAGCCGCGGGGGGCAUGGUACGACAGUCCGCGACGCGGGUGACGCCCCGGAAACCGACCUUUGGCGAAAUUUUCACGGCCUGCUACACGGGCAUCAUGGCGUCCGCCGCUGUGCUUGACGCGAAGGCCAAGGACGAGCGACGGCUGAGGCUCGAAGAGGAAAUCGCGCAGGCGAAGCUGGAGCUCGACAAUAUGAGGAGGAGCGUGCCGCGAGAUGUGAAGCCGGGCGAGGCCCCUCCGGCAAGCUUCGAAAACCGAUAUAAGGGCGCGUUAUUCGACCAUAAGCCGCAGAAGGGCGAGAUUGCGGAGUUUUUGGACUCGCUCAGUCAUACGGACGACAGAACGCUUCGCAGGAACGUCGAGAUCAAACGCCUGCUGAAGGAAUUGGGCUUCGAAAAACCAACAGAUGCGUUUGUCGCGCCAGGCGAUUUCGGCUACACAGAUCCCUUCGCCAAGCUGAUCGAGACCAGCGACACAGAAACGGACGACUUCCUGCUAGACGAAGAGCGACUACAAAAUCCGCUGAUGAGCCACCGUGCGCCCAAAAACUUCGUUCAACUUCAGAUUACAGAAAAGAAUAUGGGGAGUUUGGUUGAUAGGAUUGUUGAGGAAUCUAGAAACAUUUUGGGGCCCAGCGACUGGAAUGACCUUCAGGAAGAGGUUGGCCAACUCAGGCAGGGAAACUUGCCGUACUACGAGCGCCAAACCGACAUGAUUGACGUCAAGAAAAACAGUGCCCAGCUCAACUCCAUCAUAGGCUCAGUCUUCGCCAGCACAGACUAUGACCAACGUACAAAGAUCGGCAAGAUAUGCUAUAACCUUCUGGCGUCACCGCAACCGCCCACUACUUUUACAUACAACACCCUCAUCGCAGGGUUCAACCGCAACGGGCUGCAUCCUUUGGCCGAGAGAGUAGUACGGUCCUUUUACAACUCCAGAGUCGAACCAACAAGGAAGACGCUGGUCUGUCUGCUGAAUCACUUCAAGGAGACUGGUGAUGCGAGGGGUUUCUUCGGCGCUAUUCACCGCAUGACGGGCAAGGAUCCACGCGGCGUCUGCAUACGGAGGAAGGCAAUCGAAGAAGUUGAGGAAGAUGAUCGGUGGCUCACAUGGGCAGCGCUGAAGAAUGUUGCCAUCAACAACGAUUACGUGACCGAGCGAGCAUGGCUCGACCACGACAUGUUCACGGCUAUAGUACAUGGCUUGCUGAGGUUCGACUACGUGAGACAAGCUGCGGCAGCCUUCGCCGUCGGCCUCAAGCACGGCAUCACCUUUAGCGCCGAAACGACCACGCACUUGCUCGAGCAGGUGACAUACACCUUGGACACAACCGCUGCACAGCAGCUCCUGCACGCCAUUGAGAUCAAGCCCAAACUCAUCGCGCCAGCUUUCGGGGAAUACAGGCACCAGAAAGAUCUCGCAAGGGGCAUUCAAAACUUGAUUGACAUCUGUCUGCUUGAUCGGACGGUGUAUUCUGUGACCCCGUGGCUUCGGUGGCUGCGAGUGGACGAGUCCCGGUUAGGAGACGAGACGCAAAGGCGAGGUCUACGCAUCGUCAGCAUCAUGCAGCAGACCAAGAAGUCGCAUGUGAAGAUUAGGAGUUGGCAUCAAGAUCUGAACACUAUGAAGUCGAAGAUCUUCAGCAGGAAUCGGUCUGAAGCCGUCUACGCCGCCCGCAUGAAGGAGCAAGCUCAAGCGAAUGGCAAAGAUGAUGCAAAGCGGAAGAGGGCUACCAAGAAGGCAGCGCAGAUUGCGCUGCCCGCAACGUCAACGCAAGAGGAGGCGUCAAAGGAAGUCACGACAUUUGGAGAGCACGUCUCUCAGCAAGGCAUGUGGUGGGAACGGGAAGGACAGCUGGCCGCCGCGAGCAGCCUACAAGCAUAG